UCUUUCACGUGUACCAUAUCCACUCCAGCCAUACAUAUAUCUCGCAAUAUUCAAAAUACUCGGGAAGGAUGUACUUGUGAAUUUCCCAAUGGUGUUUUUACUCAUAUCAGUGUGAUAUAUUUUUUAUAAAUAAAUGCAGACGUAUGAGUAAACGGCAAUACGCUCAGCAGUAAUUUGAAUUUUUGAUACUUGGAUGUCAAUUGUAAUUGAAUUAAACGUCGCAACGCAAUUACUGCAAAUUUUCUCGGAACUUUAUUCCUCAUCAAAUUAAAGAAAUGACGACUAUCACCGUAUCCGAUCCACGAAGAGUCUUCCAAAAAUCUGAAAGAUGGAGAAUACUUAAGAACAUAUUGAUAAUUGGUAUUGCAUUUAUGAUCCACUUCACAGCAUUCAUGGGGGCCAGUAAUCUUCAGAGUUCCAUUAAUGCCGAUGACUCCCUCGGAACAUCUACCCUAGCUGCUAUCUACGGAAGUCUUAUUUUUAGUAAUGUCUUUUUACCUGUUUUGAUCAUAAGUUGGUUGGGGUGUAAAUGGACAAUAGCACUUUCAUUUAUAGCGUACAUGCCCUUUAUGGCGGCUCAAUUCUAUCCACGAUUUUACACUAUGAUUCCGGCAGGAUUAGCUGUGGGUUUGGGUGGCGGUCCUCUUUGGUGUGCCAAAUGCACAUAUUUGACUGUUGUUAGUGAGGCUUAUGCAACAAUAUCUGAACUAGGUGCAGAUGUCAUUGUCACGAGGUUCUUCGGAUUAUUUUUCAUGUUCUAUCAGAUGGCACAGGUCUGGGGUAAUCUCAUCUCCUCUGCAGUUUUGUCUUACGGAAUGGAAACGAAUUCAGAGGAGAGCAACAUUGUCGCUCUCAAUAGCACGAUAGUCUCCGAAACCUGCGGUGCAAAUUUUUGCAAUAGCAAAGCAAUAGAUAACCCGAAUUUGGCGGUACCGCCCGUCGAAAAAAUCCAUUUAUUAUCAGGAAUUUAUCUCGGCUGUAUGAUUCUAGCAUCUGUGAUUGUCGCUUUUGGAGUCGAUUCUCUGUCGAGAUAUGACAGGGGGAGAAGAGGAUCUGCAACUGGUCAAUCGGGAUUUAAAUUGUUGGCUGUUACUUUAAAAUUAUUGCGCGAAAGACGUCAACUGCUAAUACUACCCAUUACCAUGUUUAUUGGUGCAGAACAAGCCUUUCUAUUUGCCGAUUAUAAUGCUUCAUUCGUAUCCUGUGCCUGGGGGAUUAGUAACAUCGGUUACGUUAUGAUUUGCUACGGUGUAGCCAAUGCAAUAGCAGCUCUAGCCACUGGUUCAGUAGUUAAAUUAACCGGAAGAAUACCUGUUGUUAUUUUCGCAUUUAUUCUGCAUUUAGCUAUUAUCAUAGCUCUUUUAUUUUGGAGACCAACUCCUGAACAGGGGAUUAUAUUCUUCCUUAUGUCCGGUCUCUGGGGUGUUUGCGAUGCAAUCUGGCUAGUGCAAGUUAAUGCUCUGAGCGGAAUUCUGUUUCCCGGAAUGGAGGAAGCUGCCUAUUCAAAUUUUCGAUUGUGGGAAGCAACAGGUUCUGUCGUAGCCUACGCCUACAGCCCCUACCUCUGUACAAGUACAAAACUCUAUAUUCUCUUGAUAAUUUUUGCUGCAGGUAUAAUUGGAUAUGCAAUAAUCGAAAUGACAGGUGCAAUAAAAAAAGUCACCCUAAUUGAUCCGAAAACCGAUUUCGAACUCGUAGGGAAUAGUGAUCAUACUAUGAAGGAAUAGCGUCUAAUAUUUUCAACCGUCAAUGAUUCCAGUUUUUUUUUCAGGUUGAAAAUAAUUGAGUAAAUAAUUGAGCGAAAUUUCUUAAUGGACUGUAUUCAUUGUUUAUUCCAACAGUUUAUUCAUUUCUUUCAGAUUGCUAGGUAUUUACAACGAUUGAAUAGAUAAUUUCAAUUUUUUUUUGAAAAUUUUUACGAAUUAUUAGCCGGUGUUACUGUCACUUCUCUACGAAACGAUGACAACAUGAAAUUAUGAAAAAUUAUAAAAAGAUGACAAUCAUUGAAUAAAAUUUGACAAAUUUA